CAAGUAUCCUCCCCCAAUUGGGAUCGUGAAAGACAUUAAAGAAACCCUAAUUAAAAUUUGCAUUCUCCCAUAUGUGUCCCACUCGUUUCAAUGCCAACAGUAUAUAUACUACAUGGACUUCAUCACGUCAAACCCACCUGUUUGUAAAUAAUGUUAAAAGCUUAAACACUCGUCUGAUUCAAUUCUCCUCUCUGUCAAAACCAACAUACCUAAUAUUCUUUCUUUUUCUUCGUCUCCACAGAUCCUUAUAAUCAUAUUAGCCACUUUAAAUUGUACAUAAAAGCUUCGUUUUUUCUAUACAUAAAGAGAGAAGGAGAGCUUUUUUGGGGGUUGAAUCGCUUCCUGCUGUUGAAUUUUGUUUGGGUAGCGGUUCCAUUUAUAGAAAAGUUUGAAUUACGAUGGGGCCGCCUCUGUGCGUAUUGGUGACCGGUGGUGCUGGGUAUAUAGGGAGCCAUACUGUGCUGCAGUUAUUAUUGGAAGGUUACAAGACGGUGGUUGUUGAUAAUUUUGAUAAUUCGUCUCAUGUUGCUAUCCAUCGAGUUCAGAAACUCGCCGGUGAUUAUGGACGUAACCUGUCUUUUCACAAGAUUGACAUCCGUAAUAAGCCUGCAUUGGAGGAACUUUUUAAAUCAACAAAGUUUGAUUCUGUUAUUCAUUUUUCUGGAUUGAAGGCAGUUGGUGAAAGUGUGAAGAAGCCCUUGAUGUAUUAUGAUAACAAUAUCAUUGGCACUUUAACUCUAUUGCAAGUUAUGAAUGCCCAUGGAUGCAAGAAGCUAGUGUUUUCAUCAUCAGCCACUGUUUAUGGAUGGCCAAAGGAGGUACCAUGCACUGAAGAUUUUCCUUUAUCUGCAGCCAAUCCAUAUGGAAGAACCAAGCUGAUGAUUGAGGAGAUGUGUCGUGACAUAUAUGCUUCAGAUUGUAAGUGGAAAAUUAUUCUGUUGAGGUAUUUCAACCCAGUUGGGGCCCACCCUAGUGGUGAUAUUGGUGAGGAUCCUCGUGGGGUUCCAAACAAUCUCAUGCCAUUUGUCCAGCAAGUAGCAGUUGGAAGGCUACCUACACUUACAGUCUUUGGAACUGACUACUCCACCAAAGAUGGAACAGGGGUACGUGAUUACAUCCAUGUUGUAGAUUUAGCAGAUGGGCACACUGCUGCUUUGAAGAAACUCUCGGACCCUAAAAUAGGCUGUGAAGUCUACAACUUAGGAACUGGUAAAGGCACAUCUGUGUUGGAGAUGGUAGCAGCUUUUGAAAAGGCAUCAGGAAAGCGAAUUCCUAUAGUGACAGCUGGGCGUCGACCUGGCGAUGCUGAGGUGGUAUAUGCAUCAACAGAGAAAGCAGAACGCGAAUUGAACUGGAAGCCAAAGUAUGGGAUAGAUGAGAUGUGCAGAGAUCAGUGGAAUUGGGCCAGCAAGAACCCGUAUGGUUAUCUAACCAAAGAUGAAGAUGAAGCCAAAGCCAAAUCCAAAUCCAAAGAAAAAAUCCCAGGCAUACAGUCUCUAAUCAGCAAAACGGUUGCUGAUCUUGAAGCUGAACUUAGUCAUCUUGGAAAGCCUAUUUCUACUGAUGCUGGUGGGAAGUUGCUUCUGAUAAUGGAUAUUUGUCGGGAUUUUGAUCAAAUAUACAAAGAGCAUCUGAAUGGAAUGCGAUCCGGGGGAGAUAAAAUAUACCAUGUUUUUGAAAGGCAGCUUCCUGCUGCUCUUAAGAAGUUGCAGUUUGAGCAACAAUUGUCAAUGGAAAACAUCAAGAAACUGAUCACAGAAGCUGAUGGAUAUCAACCACAUCUCAUAGCCCCUGAGCAAGGAUACCGUCACAUUAUUGAGUCUUCAUUAACCACCAUCAAAGGCCCUGCUGAGGCCUCAGUCAACGCGGUUGAUAUCAUACUCAAGGAGCUGGUUCGCAAGGCCAUCAGCGAGACCAUGGAGUUGAAGCAGUAUCCAAGUUUGAGAAAGGAAGUGGAGGGGGCUGCGAAUGAGUCACUUUCAAGAAUGAAGAAAGAAAGUAGGAAAUCGACACUUAUGUUGGUUGAUAUGGAAUGUUGUUACUUGACGGCUGAUUUCUUCCGGAACCUUCCGCAAGAAUUCGAGAAGGGUGGAAACCCGACACAGUCCAUUUUUGAUAGAUACAAUGAUUCGUACCUUAGACGAAUUGGAGCAACAGUGUUGCAGUAUGUGAAUAUGGUUCUUGCAGGCCUGGUGAACUCGGUUCCAAAGUCGGUGGUUCAUUGUCAAGUGCGUGAAGCCAAACGCAGUCUUCUUGACCAUUUUUUUGCAGAGUUAGGUCGAAAAACCCCAAUUCAGUUAUCAAAGUUAUUGGAUGAAGAUCCAGCGAUCAUGGAGAGGCGUUCGUCACUAGCAAAGAGAUUAGAGUUAUAUAAAAGUGCACAAAUGGAGAUUAGUAGUGUUUCAUGUCCAUUGAAAUGGGCCUUAUUUAUGGAUUUUACUGAAAAAAAAUUGCUGUUAAAUCUUUGGGUCCCGGCCCAAGGAAAAAACCGGAAACCGCUUUCUCUGUCUCUUUCCUCCCUCCGCCGGACCGCCGCCCCUAUUGCUCGGCGCCUCCGCCAUCAAGCCUGUCUCGCUGACCGUCUCCACUCUCCAAUAUCGUCUUUGACUCUUCGAAUUCGGCUUCAGUUUUCUCUUCUGUUCAGUGUUCAUCCAUCGACCAUCAUUGCUGCGGCGACAUACAUUAAGUCCACCGGAGAGAAAAGUGUACGGAUGAGCCCAAUGGGUCGGGGAACAGCAGAGGAAGCGCUAGUCCUUCUUCGUAGAAGACUAUGUGAUCCCAAUUUCAUCUUCUCCCUCUUCUCCCAUUCUUCCGAUAGCAACUACAGCAAGUUGAAGUUUAUCGUAUCAAGUUCGGUAACUGAGGCCUGUAACAAUUCGAUUCUGCUUCUGGGUCCUCGAGGAUGCGGCAAAGUUGCGGUGUUGGAUCUUGUUCUAGAGGAUUUGCUGAAAGAAUAUCCUGAAAUGAUCUCAGUGAUUAAACUAAAUGGGCUUUUGCACUGUGAUGAUAAUUGUGCUCUAAAGGAAAUUGCUAGACAAUUAUGUAUUGAGCAUGAACUGAUGUUUUCCAAAAUGGCGUCAUUUGAUGAUAAUUCUCAGUUCAUGAUUGCCAUGUUGAGAGAAUGUGGAUUAGCUCACAAGACAGUGAUCUUCAUAUUGGAUGAGUUUGACCUAUUUGCUCAGGGUAAGCAAAGAUUACUCUAUAGCUUGUUAGAUGCAAUGCAGUCUGUAACUUCUCAAGCUGUUGUCAUUGGUGUGAGUUGCAGAUUGGAUGCUGAUCAGUUAUUGGAAAAAAGAGUAAGAUCUCGAUUCUCACAUCGGAAACUACUGUUUCAUCCUCCCCCAAAGGAUGAUUUACAGAGAUUGCUCAAACACAUUCUACUAUUGCCAACAGAUUCAUGCCUUCCUCAUGACUAUGCGACAGAAUUCAAUUCAAAAAUUUCAAACAUAUUAGCAGAUAAAAGAUUCAUGGAAGUCAUUGAUACAUUAUCAGAUUCCGAUUCCACCUUCAGUAAUUUCAUCAGAUUUCUGUUUUCAGCUGUAAGUUUGAUGGAUUUGAAAUCUGGUUUGAUGACGCUUGACAACUUCAAAUCUGCACUUUCAAGCAUCCAACGACAGCCAAAGUUGGAUUGCUUAAAAGAUUGCUCAAUUCUGGAAUUUUAUAUAAUGGUUUGCAUGAGGAGGUUGGAAACCAAAGGACAGGAGCUGUAUAACUUCAAUUCUGUAAUGAAUGAGUACAAAAGUGUACAUGAUUCCUACCAGUUACAGACACAUGAUUACCAUUCGCGUAUUGUAUGCUUAAGGGCUUUCGAGCACCUUGUUGAUCGACAGUUAAUCGAGUUUGCAGAUAGAGGACACAAUCAGUCUAUCGAGUUUCGUGCAGUGAAGCUUUUAAUUUCAUCCUUUGAACUUCAUCAAGGAUUGAAAUCAAAUCGCUUGUUACCAGUAAUCCUUCAGAAACUAAUGGAAUCAAAAAACUAAAGAUUGGAAUGAGUUGAUGGAAGACAUCAAAUUAGUUUUUUUUAACACAUGUUUAAGCUUUUGACUUCUGUUGCACGAUAAGAAUAUAAGGGUUUGGAAUUGUACAAGUGAAUGUUCAUUCUAUAUAUUGAAAUGGAGUGAAAAAUUACAUCAUAACUCCUCGUUAUUUGAGGAAAAGUCUUUAAGUUUACAAUUCAUUUGUAAUUAGAAAUUUUGUUUUCUAAGUAACUAGAAAUGCAUUAUUGAUUAUAAUUUCAUAAUCUUUUAGUAUUAUG